UGAGGUCGUAAACUACGUCUAAAUUAGGAAAUCAGGAAACUAUCGACUUAGAGACUGAAGUCGUUCUACAGCCGGAGUCACAGUCUUGAAUUUCUGUUUUAAAAACAGUUCCUAGGUCCAGUCUUAAAUUAGUAUGACCGUCUUUCACUGGCUGUCGGCAUUGUUCGCAGCAUUAUCAGUCUUGAUAUUCAGGGGAACCUCGCAAGUGAUAUGUCCGAACAACUGGGUCUACCUCAAUGGUUCCUGCUACAUGUUCUCCUCUGCGUCACUCAAUUGGCUCUCAGCCAGAGCAGCAUGUCAAGGAUUGGGAUCCGAUCUUGUGUCUAUCAAUUCACAAGCUGAAUAUCAAGCACUUGUCCCAAAGACAAUUCGGAUUACAUACUGGAUUGGUUUGUACAGGGAUCCUACGAAUAAGUCCCACUGGCUGUGGGUAGAUGGAUCCCGUGCAAACUUCACAGCUUGGAGAGCUGGCGAACCUAAUAACUGGUUGGGAACGGCAGAGGAUUGUGCAGAAAUGUAUGUAACAUGGAACGACCUGGCAUGCACAUAUACGGCUCCUUACAUCUGCGAAACUAAACCAAGACCGUUAAAAUUUACCGCAGAUGGACCUAAAAAGUACCCGAAUGUGUCGCGGCAUUCUGAGCGAUGUCCUUACAUCUGCGAAACUAGCCCAAGUUCCUGCUACAUGUUCUCCUCUACGCCACUCAAUUGGCACUCAGCCAAAGCAGCAUGCCAAUGAUUGGGAUCCGAUCUUGUGUCUAUCAAUUCACAAGCUGAAUAUCAAGCACUUGUCCCAAAGACAAUUCGGAUUACAUACUGGAUUGGUUUGUACAGGGAUCCUACGAAUAAGUCCCACUGGCUGUGGGUAGAUGGAUCCCGUGCAAACUUCACAGCUUGGAGAGCUGGCGAACCUAAUAACUGGUUGGGAACGGCAGAGGAUUGUGCAGAAAUGUAUGUAACAUGGAACGACCUGGCAUGCACAUAUACGGCUCCUUACAUCUGCGAAACUAAACCAAGACCGUUAAAAUUUACCGCAGAUGGACCUAAAAAGUACCCGAAUGUGUCGCGGCAUUCUGAGCGAUGUCCUUACAUCUGCGAAACUAGCCCAAAAGCUAUCCGCGCUGGAACGGAGUGGUCUAGAGAAGGUCUAAAGUUUGCUAUUGCUCUUAGCAAAAUACCGACUGCUGAAAUCGUCGCCGUUGUAGAAGAGAGCAUUUCUCAACUCAACAACGACCAUAAGCUCGCGGUCUUUGGUGCAGCUAUGGGUUCGCCCGUCUCUGCUGUCAUUGCCUAUAUGAUCAUGGAAGACGUGGAACAAAGGGUUUUAGCCGCUUCAUCGGUUAAACCCUUGCUCUGA